AAUACGGGGGGGCAGAGGCUAGGGGGUUCAGCCGAUGGCUUUGGGCUGGGAGGGGGAAGGGAUGGAAGCUUUGGCCAGGAGGGGUUGUUGGGGGAGAGUCCGGAAAGCCGCUACCCUGAUGAGUUCAGAGGGGGACAGAUGGGAAGUGGAUCAGGCCAAGGGUUGAUGGGAGCUGUACCUGAAACCAGCAGCCUUCCGACCACGCUACUCAAAUACCUGGACAAUUUCCAGAUCGAGAACGAGGGUGAUGCUCAGAUUGUGCUGAAGGUGACACAGAAGCUGACAGAUGUCCUAAUGGACUACAGACUUAGGAGUGUUUCCUCGCAGGGUCCUAGUAUGAAGAGCGGUUUGUCGCUGGGCUCCAUGAGCUACUCCGAUUCUCCCAGAAUGUCUAGCAGUAGUGACCGCUUCUCAGGUGGCUUCUCUGGGAACCUCUCUGGCCCUUCCAGAUACUGAUGGUCCAUCCAGGUACUACAACUAACUGAUCCAUCCCCACGUAACCCAUCCUCCGUCUCACCCCCAAGAUAUACCCUGAGUCCAUGGGGUCUGCAGCUGUCUGUCUAGCCACUGAACAUUUUUAUUUUAUAUAAUUUUCCUUCAAAGUAGAAACUGAUACAAUUGUGUACUUAUUAGUGCAGACUUUGUUUUUACCUAACUUCUUUUGACAUGCAUAGGUUGGACUAAAGUUUGACUUUUAGUUUUAACCAUUGUCUGUAUUCAUGUGAUUUUGGCAUUUAUUUUACUGUGGUUUCUUGGACAAAUCUUGUCUGUUUAGAAAUGAAGUGUUUGAUAGAAAACAAGUGUAAUGUUUAAGGAAACAGAUGUUUGGCGGUAAAUGGGUUACUGAUGUACUGACUGCUGUUUUGAGUUGAGCUUGUCAUCGCUGUUUUUCUCCACACCUGGCUUCACUUGUGGGAUCGUCUGAGACCAGCCACCCUGACAGCUGAUGAAACUGAGUAGUUGUGUCUGUAUUAAAGCCCUUUUGUGGGGAAUCCCAGAAUGUGUGGUGCAUUUGGAAAGUAUUCAGACCCUGACUUUUUCCACAUUUUUCUUACGUUACAGCUGUAUUCUAAAAUGUAUUAAUCUACACACACUACCCAGUAAGUAAAAACAGGUUUUUGGAAAUGUUUGUAAAUGAAUUAAACUGAAAUAUAUUUGCUUAAGUAUUCAGACCCUUUACUCAGUAAUUUGUUGACGCACCAUUGCCAGCAAUUACAGCCUCGAGUUGUCUUUAGUAUGUCAGAUUGGACAGGGAGCAUCACUGCAUAGCUAUUUUCAGGUCUCUCCAGAGACGUUUGCUUGGAUUCAAGUCCGGGCUCUGGCUGGGACACUCCAGGACAUGGAGACUUGUUCUGAAGCCACUCCUGGGUUGUCUUGACUGUGUGCUUAGGGUUGUUGUCCUGUUGAAAUUGAACCUUUGCCCCAGUCAGGUCCUGAGCACUCUGGAGCAGGUUUUCAUCAAGGCUCUCUACUUUGCUCUGUUCGUCUUUCGCAUGGUCCUGACGAGUCUCCCUGCCAUUGUAAAACAUCCCCACAGCAUGAUGCUGCCACCAUACUUCACCGUAGGGAUGGUGCCAGGUUUUCACCAGAUGUGACGCUUGGCAUUCAGGCCAAAGAGUUAAACCUUGGUUUCAUCAGACCAGGUGCAUUUUAGCAAACACCAAGUGGGCUGUCUUGUGCCUUUACUGAGGAGUUGCUUCCAUCUGGCCUCUACCAUAAAGGCCUGAUUGGUGGAGUGCUGCCGAGAUGGUUGUCCGUCUGGAAGUUUCUCCACAGGGGAACUCUGGCGCUCUGUCAGUGACCAUCAACCUGAUGGUCACUGACAGAGCGCCAGUGACCAGUCACCUCCCUGGCCCAGGCCCCGACUGCUGCCAGCUCGAAGUCUUGGUGGUUCCAAACGUCUUGUUCUGACAUGUACUGUCAACUGUGGGACAUAUAGACUGGUAUGCCUUUCCAAAUCAUCUCUAAUCAAUUUAAUUUACCACAGGUGGACUCCAAACAAGUUGCAGAAACAUCAAGGAUGAUCAAUGGAAACAGGAUGCACCAGAGCUCAAUUUUGCGUCCUUCAGACUGCAGCGUGGAACAGUUCUACGACAUCUCCAGUCAGUCCUGUGUGAAAUGCGGACCGAACCAGAGUACGAGUGCAACUGGUCUGUCUUGUGAAUGUGUGACUGGGUUCAGAGUUCUCGCCACCAACGGAGCUUCCAUCACCUGUCAGCAGUGUCCACUAGAAAAAACGGCAGUAACAGAGGAUGGCUAUGGGUGUAUCCUCUGUCCGGGCAGUCUGACUGAGCAGGGAACCUGUCAGUGCCCGUCUGGGAGUAUACUGGUGGAGCGGGAUGUCCAGGGGAACCCUCUGGAAGAGGCCAGGUGUGAGGUGUGUAACGGAGCUGAACCUGCCCUCUCAGCCCCUAACAGCUACAGAGACAGGUGUCAGAGAUGCCAGGCUUCCCUCAUCAACACCUCUCAGUCCUGUAUGUGUGGUUCCAACAUCCUGGCUGGAGGUAUGUGUUUCCCUCCCAACAACCUCCCUACAGUUGUGAACCCUAAUGUCAACUAUGCCGAGCUGUCCCUUCCUGUGCAAUCAGCAUGGUUCUCCACAAACCUCUACUCUUCAGCAGCUGCCUGCUUGGUGUAUACUAACCUGACAGCAUGCCAGGCAUUGGGGAACAUGUGUGUGAUGAACAUGCACUCCUUCAGCAGCGUGGCCAACGAUGCCUGUGGUCUCUACAACACCAUCUUCAGAGCUACCGCAGCCCUGGGAUCUACACAGGACAUAUCCUACUGGAGAGCCAAUCUCCCAUGGCUUUACUACGGGGACCAGCCGGGUCUGGCCAACCGCGUGCUGCAGACAGAGCCACUUCCCACUGGAUUCAGCUUCAAGGGACGCAACAGGAAUACAGACAUCAACCUAGUGGCUGCUGUCUACAACGCCAGAGGAGACUUCCUCCAAUGGGAGAAAGUGGGAGGAAACAACCUGCAGCUCUGUCCAGACACCGCCAGGAGACAGGAGGCAGCUUACACCUUUGGCACGGCCUACCAGGAGACUUGUGUUCUCUCCAUAGCAGACCUGUUGCGUGUUUAUGCUGAGCCUUUAUUCUACGAUGUGUUUGUGGAUCUGAGCCGAGGAGAGGACAGGAGACUGCUCCCUCUUCCCACACGCAACCUCAACCAAGAAUACAACAGGAAGUUCAUCAACCAAGGUAACUUGAACGACUGGUACCUAUCGAGACGUGUGUUACUGGUGGACACUCUGAGUGGGAGAGAGAAGAGCCUCGGCUCUCUGCCAAAAGUCAUACGCAUCGCAAGCAGCAUCAGGAUAGGGUUUCAGCUGGUGCCAGGGACUCAGAAGGGACAGGUGUUCCCUCCUCUCCUCUCUGUGACCUACUCAGACGUCCUCAUCACUGCCCCAAACACACAGACUGUCUCUGUGUUGUUUGCUGUGGACUAUGAGAUGGACCAGACUGAGGCUCACAUGAAGACUGAUAUCGCCCUAGGUGUGUUGGGUGGCGUUUCUGUUCUGUAUUCCCUGGUGAAGACAGCCAGCUGGAAGAGGAGGAUUGGCUCUCCUCUCAUUGACAUGGAGACCGUAUUGAAGUUCCUGUUGUUUUACGCUGGUGAUCUGGCUAACGUCUUCUUCUUCAUCACCGUGGGAACAGGCCUGUACUGGCUCAUCUUCUAUAAGGCCCAGCAUUUUGUGUCAGUGCUGCUACCGUUACCAGGUCUGCAGGAGGAGAGGUUUGUGGCGUAUGUGGGCUGUGCCUUUGCUCUCAAGACUGUGCAGUUUCUCCAUAAGCUGAUCCAGCAGUUGUCAGUGGAUAUCUUCUUCAUAGACUGGGAGAGACCGCGCGGCAAAGCCAACAAGACCAUCCAGGGCAAUGGCAACGGUGAGGCGAAUCACAGCCCUUCUCCUGUCAGCAUCUGGAGGACCUACUUUGUGGCCAACGAGUGGAAUGAGAUUCAAACCAUACGCAAGAUCAGCCCCACCUUCCAGAUCAUGGCUGUGCUUUUCCUACUGGAGGUGGUUGGCUUCUCUAGUCUGGCCCUUAGGGACCCCUGGUCAGAUCUCCAGCGCCCCCCUCAGUCCUACUCCCCUCCCUACAGCCUGACGCUGCGCUAUGGCCUGGCCGCCACACUCUGGCUCUGCAUUGGACUGCUGCAGAUCAUUUUCUUCACUGCUUUCCAUGAGCGUUUUGUGGAGGAUAAGAUCCGUCAGUUUGUGGACCUAUGCUCUAUCAGCAACAUUUCGGUGCUGCUGCUGUCCCACAGGUGUUUUGGUUACUACAUCCAUGGGCGCUCCGUCCACGGCCACGCUGACACCAACAUGGAGGAGAUGAACAUCAACCUCAAGAGAGAGGCCGAGUCUCUGUGUGGUCAGAGAGGUCUCCUUCCCAACACAGACACUCAGACCUUCCAGAUCUCCAUCACCAGCCGCCUACGCCUGCAGUACGACCGCAUCCUGGAGCCCCUCAGCAGGAGAAAUGGACCAUCGCGGUUGGUGGACGCAGCCUCGGGACACCCCUUUGACCAGAGCACCAAAGCCUACCACACAAUGAACCGUUUCCUAGGAUCUGUCAUAGACCAUGCCCAUCGGGACAUGGAAUACGUUGUGAGAGACAAACUGUUUUUUGAGAGAGUCAUAGGGAUGGAGUUCAUGGAGCCUAUGGACAAGAGCAUCUUCUACAACGAUGAGUCCCAUUCGUUCAGUGACGUGCUGUUCUAUGGGAACGAAGCCACUCUGUUGAUCUUUGACACGCUCUUCUUCUGUGUGGUCGACCUGGGAGCACAGAGCUUCAUACUGGCAGGCGUACUCACAUACGUACAGCAAAUGAUCUUUCGGUUAAUCCGUAACGGUAUUGGGCGGAGAAACCUGGCCAACAAAACAUUGGUGGACAAGAGAUUCCUGAUCUAGUUUCUGCUGUCAGAAUGGUGAAAGUAUAGACCAGGCAAUUCCAGUUCUCGGGGGCCUGAUUGGUGUCAAAGUUUUGCCCCAGCUAACACACCUGACUCCAAUAAUCAACUAAUCAUGAUCUUCAAUUUAGAAUUCAAUUUGAAUAAUCAGAGCUGUGUUUGCUAGAGAUGGAGAAAAGUGUGACAAGGGUAUUCAACUCUUACCCUACGAGGUCUGGAGCUAGUUUUCUGUUCUACCUGAUCAUUAAUUACACACACCUGGUGUCCCAGCUCUAAAUCUGAAGAAAAGCCGUGGAACUGGUCCAGAGUUGAGCCUGAGUGGUAUAGACUAUAGUAUGCCAUGCCUUGUUAGCAUGUAACAGCCUUGGUAGCUGUGUGACUAGCGUGGUUUAAUUGUGUUUACAGCUUUGGCAGGCUCUUUUUUUUUUUUUUACAAAUGCUUUUCUACUUGUUUACACAGUAUUUUGUACAUGUUCUUCACAGGGUUGAUGAUGUACAUUUUGUAAUUCAGUUUCUCUGUGAUAUGUUUUUACAAAUUAAAACAAUGGGUCUGAUUUUA